UUCCUUUUGCCAAUUUAUAUAAAGAAAAAGUCAGUCAUAGUCAUAAAUUAAUUUUAUAUUCUGGUCGUCAUAGUUUUGCCUGAGUUUCUCGGAAAACGACUGUACUGUAUGCAGUUAAAGUCUAAUUUUACUUUAAGCCUUUGUUGUUUAAUUUCAUUUGUUUUUAUUUUCGACAUUAAGCCAUUGGAAUAGUGAUUAUAUUUGGAUAUUUAAGCAAUUGUCAUUGCUAGAAUAUGUCAGAGCAGUUGAGAGGUUGUGUGUCGGUUUACUUUUUGGAUUUUUUGUCGUUUCUAAAUUAAAGUUAAAAACAGUUCUACUAACUAUUACAAAUUAUGAGAUAAAUUGUGUGCUUAUUUUCUAUAUGUGAAUCGAAUUCAUAUUUAUAAAUAAGGAUAAAUUUUAAUUAAAGUUACAAUAAUAAAUUGUACUUAGAAGCCCAAAACAUUAACGUACAAUAAUGAAUAACGAAGGAAACAAGGAUAUGGCUCAUCGUCAGCACGUAAAAUAUUUCAUGAGAUUUUUGAAUAUUUUGCCUUCGUCUCUAUCAUCACACGAUACUACAAGAGUUACAAUAGCAUAUUUCUCUGUUGCCGGCCUGGAUGUCUUAGGAUCCAUAUCAGCAAUAUCUCUUGAUCUGAGAUCCAGGAUUAUUGAAUGGUUGUAUAGGCUUCAAGUACAUCCUGAUAAGGAAACGGGCGACAUGUCACUAUGCGGCUUCCAAGGCUCCUCAACGAUAAACAUAAGACUGGAUCCGGAUAACAAUCAAUUUCGAUGCGGCCAUCUAGCGAUGACGUACACUGGUCUGUGCAUACUGCUGGCGUUGGGCGAUGACCUAUCGAGAAUCAACAGAACAGCCUUAAUUCAAGGCGUGAAAGCGUUGCAGACGGACGAAGGGAACUUCUCGGCAACCCUGUCGGGCUGCGAGUCGGACAUGCGGUUCGUGUAUUGCGCUGCGUGUAUCAGUUACAUAUUGAACGAUUGGUCCGGCUUCGAUAUAGAGAAGGCCACAGAUUACGUCAUUAAAUCUAUAGGCUACGACUAUGGCAUCGCUCAAUGUCCCGAGCUAGAAUCCCACGGGGGUACGACGUUUUGUGCUCUGGCAACACUAGCGCUAACCGACCAAUUGGACAAGCUAUCCGAAGCGCAGAUCGACGGUCUGAAGCGUUGGUUGGUUUACCGGCAAAUCGACGGUUUUCAGGGGAGACCGAAUAAGCCGGUCGACACGUGCUACAGUUUCUGGGUGGGCGCCUCGUUGAAGAUACUGAACGCUUUACAGCUGACGAACUACGGCAGCAAUAGGAGGUACGUGUACGAGACGCAGGAUAUGGUCGUGGGGGGUUUCUCGAAAUGGCCGGACACGUGCACGGACCCCAUGCACACGUAUUUGGGCCUGUCCGGUUUGAGUUUGAUAGGCGAGAGCGGUCUUCUAGAGAUAGAACCAAGAUUGAACAUAACGAAACGGGCCUACGAACAUUUGAAGUGUCUGCACGAACAGUGGGUGUCGUAGCUCGCGUUAUCAAAUCGCAAAUAAACUGAAUUGAAUCUAGGGAUUUGUUCUCUGAUGAAACAUUUUUUUGUUUUUGUUACCAGUUGUCAUUUUAUUAGUCACAUAUUAUUAGUAUGAAUGAUAAGUUAGGUUUAUAUUCGUGUAAAUAUCAAUAUAAUUCAUCAAAAUUACAAUAGAC